AUGCGUAUACGAAUUAGUAGUCCGAAUGCUAAUCACAACAACUGGCGUUGCGGUCAUUUUGAACCAAUGGAGUCCUGUAAUUUGGAGUACUUGAAUGUACAUGCUAGUACGCACGAAUUUGAAGAUUAUCUUGAACGAUUCGAGAUUUGGUGUAUUACGAGAAAAAGACUCGAUGGAGAACGCAAAACGGCUAAUAUCCUAACGGUCAUCGGAAAAGAUGCAUACUCAUUGUUGAAGAAUUUGGUAUUUCCUGAUGCUCCUAUAUCGUUGUCGUGUGAAUCCGUGAAAAGCUUGCUGCUGAAGCAUCUACAGCCGGCUAAUUUCGAAGCCGCUGAACGAGCCAAAUUGCACUUACUCACAUGUGGUGGAAGCCAAUCUGUACGUUAUUUUAUUCUUCAGCUUCAGACUCAAGCAUCUCGUUGCAAUUUCGGAGAUCAGUUGCAAAUCCAGCUACGUGAUCGAUUGAUUGCUGGUAUUAAUUGCCCGGAGUUGCAACAAAAGCUCCUGCUUAUGCACGAUUACACAUUUCAGUUGGCCAAGGCAGUCUGUGAACAGUACUGGGCGAACGUUAAGGAUGCAUGA